UAAAGGUCGAUUCACACACAUCAGUGACGUAUCAGUGCCGUAUCCGCUCAGUGCUUCAGUGUCAGUGAAAAAAAAUAUCGUUACUUUGAAUUUGACUGACGCGUUCACACACGUCCGGCGCAGUACCGUGUUUUGACUCUCAGUGACCGUUACGUCUCCGUUCCGUGAAACUGAAUAUCGUCGCCACCGAUAUUUUUCAGAUUUUCACGGACGCCGGAAGCUAUGGAUGACGAACUACUCAUUGAACUGGUGCGGAACCAUCCAGUUCUGUAUGAUCUCUCACAACCAAAAUAUAUGGAUUCCAACUUUAAACAAGAUAUAUGGAAUAAAAUAGGAGAAGAAAUGAAAGUAGAUGGUUCAGCAUGUAAAAGCAGAUGGAACAAUAUAAGGGACAAUUACAGAAAAUCUAUGAAGAAGACUUCAACUAAGAGUGGGCAAAGUGCAAAGAAAAUUACACUGUACAAAUUUUCUGAGCAAUUAAGCUUUUUAAAGUUAUACAUGCACGAGAGGGAAACAAAGGGAAACAUCGCAAGUGAGGAACAUGAAGGAAACAAUCACGACGAUGUUGUAGAAAACCAGGAGGACGAAGAAGAGAACAUCCAGACAGAUGCAGGGGAACCAACAGUAUUGGACGGAGGCCUGCAUGAAGAUUUGCAGACACAACCAUUGCCCUCACCAAAGCCUACUCUUGAAGCUAAAGUUAAGUCAUUAGCAGGAAAAUCAAAGAAGAGAGUGGCACCUCAACAAACAGCUUCUGCAAAAUUAAUGGAGUAUUUGAUAAGUAAACAAGAAAAUCAAACCGCUUCCACCCCACCACACCCUGUUGACGCAUUUCUAGCAGGCAUUGCUCCAACUCUCAAGACUUUGACCCCUUAUUAUUUGAAUGUAGCAAAAUCUGAAAUAUUUGCUACAGUACAGAAAUAUGAAAUGCAAAUGCUUAUCAAUCAACAAUCAUUUGAAAGACUACCUGAGCCUUCAGCUUCUACAUCAUCAACUUCGACUCCACAUCCCUCACCUCAGCCAGUGCAGGAACAUACAACAGUAACAUAUGGAGAUCAGCAACAGAAGUUAUCUACUUAUACAUCAGUUCCAAACAGCGCCAAUCCUUUGCAAAACUACUUUUCAACUUUUCAGGAUUCUUAACUCUUCAAUAGGCUAUACAACUUAAAACAUUAGAGUUAUCACUAACGUCAAGAAACACACAUAAGUAAUGAUGAAUUUUGAGAGUGAGAAACAAAUUAAUGUACGUACUGUCACUUAGCAUGAAAAUAAACUUUUAAAAGUUUAAAGAGUCUAUGAAAUCUCCAGCACGGAUUUAGAUAGAUAAGUGCAGUAAAUGACCAACUACAAA